AUGGACGCAUGCGCGCAGAUGUGUAAAUGUUUUCUCAUCCUGUUCAACACUCUGUUCGCUCUGCUGGGCUUGGGAAUGGUCGGUCUGGGUCUCUGGUUGAGGUUCGGCGUUGAAACGCAAGGCUUAUUCGACAUUGAUUUGAACACCACACAAUUCACUAUCGGUGUAGCUGUGUUGGUUGUCACUGGUGUGUUGAUGUUAGUGGUUGCUGUGGUUGGGGAUUGUGCAGCGUGUGCCCGCAGUAAAUCAGCUCUUGGUGUGGUAAUGUCAUAUACAUCCCUUAAAAAGUUCAAACCAGCGCUGAAAGUGGUAGAAAUUCACUGACUCGAUGUGUAAAAACAUUUGCAGUUAGUAAAAGGUUUUAUUACGUUGACGUGCAUGCAUGGCUUCUAUUUUUAUUGCAUUUACAAUGUUGACCAGCAUGUGUCGCCGUUUCUCUGUAUGUUGUUUUGUGGAAAUGUGCGUCUGUUGACAAGUAUUACCGCCUAUCUCGUAAACUGCUGCUUGUUUGUUUGUUUGAUCUUGUUUUUGCUUAUUAUCAUUAUCCGACAGAGAUCACAGUGAAACUGGGAUAAAUGAAACUGAAGAUUUGUUAAGUGUUGUUGUUAAAUCUCUGGGCCCGUAUUCACAAAACAUUUGAUCUUAACACUAAGAGCUCUUCUAAACAGCAGUAAACGUUUUUAGUUAAGAGUUUCCACUUGAAACCUCUUCACAACGCUGCUGAGAGCAACUUUUACUGAGGAACAGAAAGAAAUCUUAAGCUUAGAAAAAGGGCGGGGUUGACGUUGUUGCUAUGGAUGAUGUCAGCACUAUGACCACAGUGAUUGGCUGAUAGAGGAUGGGUCUCUGUCAGUCAUUUAAUCAUAGAAUUAUUAUAGAAUGAGGUCUCAUGCUGACAUGUUUAAAUUAAGAUCUUAAAAUAAAAAUGUAGUCAUAUUCAAAUAAAACAUUGUAAUAUAUAAUCAAGGGCGAAACUUUGAUUUUGACAUUGGUGGGGACAUAAAUAAAAUUGGUCUGCAGAGCACAAAAGAUAUCACAAAAGAAAUAGCAGAGAACGAGAUUUAACCAUUUGUGAUCCACAAACAGUGGUUGUGAAAGAUGUUUAAGAUGUUAUUUAUAACAUUAUAAAUAAAUGUUGAAUAAAAUAAGUAAUAGGUAAAAAAACACAAGACACAGAUGGACAUCAGUGGUUAUACAUAAAUUUAGAUGAAUUGUUUGGUCGAAAUUAUUGGUAGAGUCAAAUUAGUGUUCCCUGGAUAUUCCAAAUCGCCUUCCUUGUAUAUAAUUAUUGCUGUAAUCAAAUUAAGAUGAUAAAAUAUACACUAAGUUAUUAAUUCAACAAGUGAAGAUUUCAUUUACAAAAACAGAUAACUCCAUUUUUUUUAUUCAAGUUUUCAUUGUGCAUUCCAAUUAAUAUCAAUCAAACCGUUUGUUGUUUUAUUGAGUAACAAUAACUUAAAAAAAUACAGCUAACAAAUACAAUAAAACACAUUAUUACACGGCUGGUUGGAAUGCUUGAUUCUGAUUGGCCAGUCGCGACAUUUGCGGGUUCAUUAUUCCCAGAUAACUCAACUCAACUUUAUUUAUAUAGCGCUUUUACAAUUUUCAUUGUUACAAAGCAGCUGUACAUGAGACACAUUGACUACAAGCAAAACAAUCAAAGUUGUACCUGCAAAAACAAGAAAAGGUUGAAACACAGAAGACAGACACACCCACACACAAAACACUCCACACACACAACACGCACACGCACCAACACACAGAGACACACACAGACACGGAUGCGCACGCACACACACACACACACACGUACGUACACAGACAAGUACGCACACACACACACGCUCAGUGAGAGCACACAUUUAGGAUAAAGGAGAGAGAAGCACAGGUCAAAUAUAACAGAUAAUAAAUUCCUAUAUGCAAUAUUAAUUAAGUAAAACUUUAAGAUUCUAAAGCAGCCCCCCCGGUCAGGCAGAUAGUGCAAAAACAGUAUGCAAACGGUGGCGAGGAA